AUGACAUCGCAAAUUUCACCGAAUCAAAUAGGAAUCGACGUUGGCGAGCGUUUAUUCAACAGCCCUGAAAAUCCCAACAGCUGCACUUGCGGCUGGUAUGUCUACUACUCGGCUGUCUGUGGACACGUGUACCAGGAGGUCAAGCACCAAUGUGGUGCGUCCCAGAGCGUGAAAUACGAAAGCGGAAAUAAAACUAGAGCAUCUGCUCGAGGUAGGUUCUGCAAGACCCCGGCACCGAAAACCAUCGUCCAGGGGGUGCAGAUCAACGCCAAGUGCCAGCAUUGCUGA